UGCUCCUUUAACGCCCAUCUCCCCCACCUAAAGCCUAAGCUACACAUUCUUUAUCAUGGCUGCCGCGGAUGUAGACGUGUUUUCCAAUGAACAGAAGCGAAACCUAUGUCUGGGAGGACAUGUUGGCUUUGACAGUCUGCCUGAUCAGCUGGUUAGCAAAUCAGUGUCUCAAGGUUUCUGCUUUAACAUCCUCUGUGUGGGUGAGACGGGUAUUGGUAAAUCCACCUUGAUGAACACACUUUUCAACACUUUGUUCGAGGACGAAGAAGCCAGUCACUACCAGAAUGGCGUGUACCUACGGCCGAAAACCUACGACCUGCAGGAGAGCAACGUGCAUCUCAAGCUCACUAUUGUAGACACUGUGGGCUUUGGAGACCAGAUUAACAAAGAAGAAAGUUACAAACCCAUUGUGGAUUACAUUGACACACAGUUUGAAAACUAUCUGCAGGAGGAGUUAAAAAUCAAGCGUUCGCUCUUCAACUGCCACGACACGAGAAUCCACAUCUGCCUCUACUUCAUCUCUCCCACGGGCCACUCGCUUAAAUCGUUGGAUUUGGUAACAAUGAAGAAGUUGGACAGCAAGGUGAACAUCAUUCCCAUUAUUGCCAAAGCUGACACAAUUUCCAAAAGUGAACUCCACAAGUUUAAGAUCAAAAUCAUGAGUGAGCUUGUAAGCAAUGGCGUGCAGAUCUACCAGUUUCCCACAGACGAUGACGCAGUUGCAGAGAUCAACUCUUCAAUGAAUGCUCAUCUACCCUUUGCUGUAGUGGGCAGUGUUGAGGAGGUCAAAGUUGGAAACAAGACGGUGAGGGCCAGACAGUACCCCUGGGGAGUGGUCCAAGUGGAAAAUGAAAGCCACUGUGACUUUGUGAAGCUGCGGGAAAUGUUGAUUCGAGUAAACAUGGAGGACCUGAGGGAACAGACACAUACCCGCCACUAUGAGCUCUACAGACGCUGUAAGCUAGAAGAAAUGGGCUUUAAAGACACAGAUCCAGACAGCCAGCCAUUCAGUUUACAGGAGACCUACGAGGCCAAGAGGAAAGAGUUCCUGAGUGAUCUGCAGCAUAAGGAGGAGGAAAUGAGGCAAAUGUUCGUCAGUAAGGUGAAAGAAACUGAGGCUGAGCUCAAGGACAAGGAGAGAGAGCUUCAUGAAAAGUUUGAACAGUUGAAGCGCAUGCACCAGGAAGAGAAGAGGAAGGUGGAGGAAAAGAGGAGAGACCUCGAAGAGGAGAUGAAUGCUUUUAACAGGAGGAAGGUGGCAGCCGAGACGCUCUCCCUCUCACAGCCGCUCAAAAAGGACAAGGACAAAAAAAAUUAAUUUAUGAGCACAGCAUCGCUGGCCGACCAUGGACUUGUCUUCCAUCAUCAUCAUCCACAUAGUGACAUCAACAUUAGUUGUUUUGUUUCUGCCAUUUCCUAUAUUGACAUUGUGUAUAUGGACCCAAUGCACUGCUGGGGAACUCAGACACACAGGCACAUUUGGAGGACAUUCCAGUUUGGUUGCCAACGAUUUUUAUUUUAAUUUUUUGCUUUGAUCAUUCAGGUUAUUUUCAUUUUAUUUUAUUAGAUUUUCCUCCUGUUAUGUAUAAGCUGAAGAAUUUUGUUGUUUUUGUUCUAGUGGGUUCCGGUCGUUUUUAUAGCUAGAUAGGCAGAUAGAAUUGUCAGGAUAGGUUUAGAUUUAGCUUGCAUGGAACCAUCUUCAUUCCAUAAUGUUUAAUAGUAUUGAAGAUCUGAGCCGAAUCCUGUUGCAUAGCACAAAGAAUAUAUAUUGCAUACAACCAAAUGAAUCAGACUUAAAUCUUAUUACUAACUUUUGGGUACUGAUUUUAUGACAGCCCAUGAUUCUUUGUAUGUCUUUGUAUGUUUUUUUUAAAGAAAUAUAUACCAAUAAUCUAAUCAAGCCAUAAAUACGAGGAUAAAAGGUGCAUCUUGGUAAAGUACAAAAACGAAUAUGACUUCUGACAUGUUUUAAUGAAGAGUUGAUAUUUUCUAGUCUUAUAUUAUCAGUGAUGUAUUAUCAUGUAUAAAAAUAAACUGCAACACCCUUUAAUGUCCUGGACUGGCUGAACUACAUUUCAUAAGUAGUCAAAAUUUACAGCGCUCACAAAGGCCAUUCACAUUAAUGCAGUUAAAAUUGGGUCAUGGUGGGGUUUCCUCUGUAUUCUUUUGUUUGCCUUAUGUAGUUUUUUAUUUUAUUUUAAGAUGUUAAAAGCCACGCUCACACCAGGUUUUUAUCCUUCAUUGCAUUUCAAUUACUGAUUCACUUAACGUUUGUUGCAUCGUCACCAUUGGGAGACACUGAGGUAUUGGUUGUCCUGUCCUUCUUAAACCCAUGUAUGUUCAUCCCAGUUAUGUUCAGAGUUAGAUUCAGUUAGAUGUUCAGUAACAGAAAAAGUACAGUACUACCAAUGUUUAAAUUAAGCAAGGUCUGAGUAACCUUAAAAAGCCUUCAACACAUUGUUUUCACAUGUUCUCCAUUAGUGACAUGUAAUGCAGAUAAACUGGGAAUAUCAAGCGCCUGUGAGUUGAGUACUAGGCUGCAUUACACCGAGUGCUCAUCUAGAUUCAGCAAAACUGCCAUGGUGACUUUAGGACAGUGUUCCUCAAGGCUGGUGGUGCCCUCCGGUGGUACUCUGACUAAAUCUAAAUAAAAGAUUAUUUACAAAACGGCUUUAAGAAGGCACAAGGUUUCCCACAUGUACGUAUAUUUUAAUAUGAUUUGUGAUAAUGUGUUUAAUUCAGUAUUUAAAAAAAAUUUAGCCCACGGUUCAUAUUCAGCAUUUCUUAACCUCAAAAUUUUCAAAGCUCAUCUUUCCAAGACUUUCACCAAAUAAAAUGAGUCUCACAAAAAUCAAGCAUGGCUUAUAUAUUACAGAUAAAAGAACUAAACUAACACAAGGAAACAUGAUACCAGUUCUAAAACAUUAGACACUACUUUUCAAUAAGAAUUAUAGAUCGGCCACCCAAGCAACAUUUGAUUUUUACGUCUGACAGCACUGUGAUGCAGGAAUUUAAUACAGUAGAAUGGAGAAGGAACAAAAAGUAUAAUGGUAAACAGGCUUAAUGUA